GGGACAAACGACCUUCAGAUGAAUUUCCAAAAUGAGAACGACCCGUUUAAUUUUGAUGCUGCACCAGACGAGCAGAAUCUUCGGGACCAAGCAACGAAUGACGCGGACAGGCAUGAUGAAUCGGACUUCAACGCAGAUUUAGCGGAUCCUUUUGAAUCAGAAACAUCGCCCAAGGAUGAAACGUUUACUUCAAAAGGCAUUGGGCCCAAUACAUCUGCCUUGUGGAGAGCUAUUAAAUGUCGCCAAGAAAGAUAUGCAUCCCAAAUACUGGCUGCAUCAAAGUCAUUGCAUGUCAACAAAAAAGACGAGCUUGGCAAGACUAUUCUCCAUCAUAUGUGCAUAUCCGGCUAUGUUGACUGUAUAAACAAGCUCCUUGCACACAAACCAGCCCUCAACGCAGUUGAUAAGAUUGGCCUGACCCCCCUCCACUACGCCUCGAUGAACGGCCACAUUUGCGCCGUGGAGUUGCUUUGUGAGGCUGGAGCAGAGCCUAACACAGUCGACAAACGAACAGGCCGCACGCCUCUUCACAUGGCUCUGGCGAGUAAAUCUAAUUUCACCCCUGAGGGGCUGGUAAAGAAAUUGGUCCAUUAUGGCGCCGAUCCAGAGAAAAAAGAUUUGAGUGGAAAAUCUGCGAUGGACAUUUGCAAAAACGAAUCACUUCAAGAUAUUCUAGUGGUGUCCUCGUAUACAAGGAAUAGCCAAAAUGGAGGUGUUUGCGGUGUCGAAAUCAACGAAGUAGAAUAUAACAAACCAACAGCAUUUGCUAACAUCGGACUUGUCGUAACCAGAAGCCAGACAAUUACGGAUAAAGAUACACCCGCCUCGGAGGAUCCACUUGCUACCGAAACUAAGGCAGAGCCGAGUAGCUUCAAAAUGACAAUAUUUCGGAUAACAUCGGACAAUAUCGGCGAUCGCUUCAAUCUGACUGAAACCGAAGACAUAUGCAGCGAUGCGUUUUCCUACAAACUUAGCCGAGUCAGUGAGCCAACUGUUGUUGACAUCAAAGUUCCGAUUCUGUCGCCCCCAAGUGCAAAAGAGGAGGUGGUAUUGAAAGCGAACACUGGGAAAGAAUAUCCAGUUAAGACUGUCACGGAGGAAAACGAGAUGUUUCACUGCGUUAUAUCCCUGGAUAUUACGGAAAUGGAUUCUUUUAUCAUCGUGUCAAGGCCUAAGGUUGAGACAUUCACUGUUGGCGAGGAGUGUGCAGUCAUCAAAUCGACGGUAGACGAAAGGGUCGAACUAGACAUUCCGAAGGGUACUUUUGAGAAGGAUGUCACUUUGUCUGUAGAGAUUACAGACGUCCCUACAGACAGCAGUUUUGACAAGGUCAUGACACAGUGCAACGAUAUAGCAUCGGUGUCGGCUUUCUAUGCGAUAGAGGCAAGCGAGCCCAACAUAAUGCAGCCAGUAGCCGUAAAGAUUCCUUUACCACCAAACUAUAAAGGAGGAGAAAUAGUGCUCUUUACCAUGAACCAGAAGGACGAGAAUGAAGGUCCAGAUGCAUGGGAGCAAAUUCAAAGCCCACACACCAUCAUUGAUGGCAGGGUGGUCUUCCAUGUUUCUUCGUUCUCCAUAAAAGCUGCAAUAGAGAGACAAGCCUCCACAGUGUCCAGUAAUUCCGUGUCAUCAUUGGGCAGUAUUGCAAGUCUACAGUCUCAACUGAGUCGCGUAUUUCGAAAGUCCCGUCGCAAGGAACACACCGUGGGGUUUAUUGUAGCCUCGCGAAGAAUCGGCACGUCGAAUUCAUUCAAUGUCAAGAUCAUGUGUUGUAAAGAGGAGGUUUUCAGCGAAAAACUGGAAGAACUCACGGCGGAUGGUUAUCAAAAUCACACUGCCCACAAAGAACCGGCCUUCCAGGAAUUGAAAGUAAAGACGAAACAAAAGUUCCGUAUUGCAAGCGAUAGCAUUAGUUUCGAAGAUGAAAAGGACGAAACAAUUGUGGAGUUUCACCGGAAAGUUGACACUCCAAGAAUGGUUCGAGUUACUAUUCCAGGGAACGAACCACUGAUGCAGGAAACAAUUCACAUACAUUUGAUACAUGAUGAUCAAAAACCAGAUCAAAAUAGCAGCACACGUGUAGCUGACCUUAAGUCCAAUGAAAGCAAAGUUGUAUCGGCAAAACUAUCAUUGAUCAAAUUCGACCCGAAGAUGUUGUCCGAGAUGGACAGUCAAUCGUUCCUGUCGUACGCACGCAUGAUGGAAAUCCAGCAUGCGAUAGAAACUGAAGGCGUAUGGUGGAAAGUGCUUCUCCUAAUUGACAUCCCUUUCAAGACAAUCGAGAGGAUGAUGUCACAUUAUCGUGGUGAUGUCUCCUCCUUGGUCAAUGGGUUGCUGUUUGAAUGGCGGGACAAACAUCGCAACAAUCCUAAUCGAGGACUGCCUGAUCUGCUGAUUGCACUGAAACGCUCCAGGCUGACACAUCUCGUUAUGAACCUGCUGAGAGAUUUGCUGCGUUGGAAAAAUGACCCAAUCAAUAAGAAGAAUCCUCUUUGCAAUUGGUUGACCGACGCCUAUGAAUACGAUUUGCUAAUUCAACCUAGAUUUGGAAAACCGAUGUCCGACGAAUUUCUAGCUAUGGUGGCAGACAAAAUUACGUUUCCUGAAGAGCUCGCUGACGGUUUGGAGAUAUCUAGAGAGGAGAUUUCCGACACGCUAGCGAAUACGCAGACGUAUCCACUGAAAGAGUUGCAGUCGCUCAAGGUUGAUGUCUUGAUUGAGAGUUUGGGUUUAACGUAG